GUGACGCUCUCGGCUGUUACAGGAGAGCAGCAGAUAAAAAGCACCGACACCUCUCCUGCCUCUUAGUACUUUGAAUGUUUUGGCCGGCAGACGACUCGAGCUCCCACGCCGAGAGGGAAGAAGGACAUACCGUUAACCUUAACGGGGGGGGGGGGAGGGGGGGGGAGCUUUAGAGUGCGAAGGGAAAGAAAAAUCGCUCUUGGAUGCUUUGAAAAAAAUAAAAAUCUCGUGCGGCUCGUUUGCCAUUUUUUUUCGGCUGUCAAACUUAGACUUUGUAGGCAUUUUUACCAGUGACCCACCUCUCGUCUCGUCUUUUUUUUUUUUUUUUUCCCAAACAAACACUCCCCCUUACCUCCACUUGUCGGUUGUGUUCUCGCCCGCCGGGAAGCCGGAGGGUGAAAAGAGACGUCAAAUUCCUCUUUGACCUGGAAGAAAAGUGGUAGCAAUCCGCCACAGAUCAGUAUUCUCAUCAUGUGACUGAUUUGACAUCAUCUAUUUCAAAGAAAUACAGUAUCAGCUAAGCAUAAUAGUUACACCAGGAGUGCAACAGUGUCUGCACUAUUGUGUCAAGCUGGCUGUGUGACAGAUGUCCAGGACCUGGACAACUUGCUGUGAUUGAUAGAACCAUGAAUUCUGCUCUUUAACAGAAAAUCCUCAAGUGUCAUUCCGAUCAGUGUGAUGUUAGACUUGUGGAAGCAGGACUGACAGAAGGAGCAUGGUCAAACACCAACCCCUCCAAGUCUAUGAGCGCCAGCUUUGUUUGUCUUGUAUCACUGGGAUCUACGGUUGCCGCUGGAAACGCUAUCAACGCUCCCAUGAUGACACCACCAAGUGGGAGUUGCUGUGGUCCCUCGUCCUCCUUUUUACUUUCUGUGCUCUGCUGGUUUGGUUCUACUUCUGGUUGGAAGCUCACAACGACUACAGUGAGUUUAACUGGUUCCUCUACAAUCGCUCUGGCGAGUGGAGCGAUGGCACAGUUCCAGUCUUGGCCACCACCGCUGCUGGCUUCACCUACAUAGCCUUUUUAAUGGUUUUAGCCCUUUGUCACGUUGCACUUGGCCAACAGUUGAAUUUGCAUUGGCUGCAUAAGAUAGGAGUCACUGCAGCUCUUCUCACAACUGUUGUUGGGGUGAUAUCCAUCAAUCAAACAUGGCAGCACGAGUGGGACAUCAUCCCAAUCUCCAUGCAGGCCACGGGCCCGUUCUUGCACAUCGGUGCCGUCACUGCGGUCACAGCUCUGUCCUGGAUAGUGGCUGGACAGGUCGCCCGUGCGGAUAAAACAUCGUUCCAGGUGGUGGUCAUGCUACUGUAUCUCAGUGUGUUAGUGGGGCUGUACGUGGUGCCGCUGUAUAUCACCUCCCCUUGCAUCAUGGACCCCAGCAAUCUCAGGCCCCGCCCCAAUGUUAUUGGUCACCAGGGGGCCCCCAUGCUUGCGCCAGAGAACACAAUGUGGUCCUUUCAGCGAGCGCUGCAAAUGAAUGUCACUGGGUUGGAGGCAGAUGUCGCAGUCAGUGUUGAUGCCGUUCCGUUCCUGAUGCACGACCGCACCCUGCGCAGGACCACUGACGUAGAGAGGAUUUUCCCCGACAGGCAGAUGGAGGACGCCACACUGUUCAACUGGACCGAUCUACAACAGCUCAAUGCGGGGCAGUGGUUCCUCAAGGUGGGACCACAGCCUCAAAAUGUAGACGACCCCUUCUGGACAACGCACACGCUAUCGCCCCACGAGAGGAACCUGAUUGCCAACCAGAGUGUGUGCAACCUGGAGCAGCUUCUAAAGCUGGCCUCUUAUCAUAACACCACUGUGGUGUUCAGGCUGAGGAGACCUCCGCUGGGGCACCCCUGCUACCACAGCUGGAUCAAUGACACUCUGCAGGCUGUGGAGCGAUCUGGGGUUCCUCAAAGUCUGGUAAUGUGGACUCCAGAAGAAGACAGGGAUCAAGUGCAACAGCUUGCACCUGGUCUGAUCCAGACAUCCUUGAAGAAAAAAAGUCCUCAAAGCCUCAGAGAGGCAGGCAUCAGCAGGCUGCUGCUCAGAUACAACCAGGCCAGCACUCAGGAAAUCAGGGACUUGUCGCAGAAAAACAUGAGCGUUACCCUCUAUAUGGUCAACGAGCCUUGGCUGUACUCAGUGCUGUGGUGCAGCGACGUGUCAUCCGUAUCGUCUGAGGCACCACAUGUCCUCAAAAAGGUGCCUUACCCCAUCUGGCUCUUGAAACCAGAUGAAUACUGCCUGAUGUGGGUGUGUGCAGACCUUGCCUCCUUUGUGGUGGUCGUAGGAAUAUUCAUUUUACAGAACUAUCACAUGAUCAGGUAUCGCACCAGCGGCAUGCGCAGCUACAACCCUGAGCAGAUCAUGCUGAGUGCCGCCGUGAGGAGGUCCAGUCGGGACCUCAACGUCAUGAAGGAGAAGCUCAUCUUCUCCGAGGUGGGGAAUGGCGUCGGGAGCGGCGAGGAGCCGUACACAGACGGCCCUAAUGACUGUGACUACUACACUGACGGAGGCAGGAGCCAAUGAUGGAGGAAGCAAGCAGCCGCUUGCUUUGUGUAUAUUUGUAAAUAAGCUUCAGUUUCCCAGACGCUCAUCGGACUCAGCACUUUUCAAGCCGUGAAAUUAAUUUGGCUCGUGUGUCAUUUUUGAGAAGGAGAGUCUAUAGUCUACAUUUUAAGCUCAUUUUCCCCAAAAGCAGUUCCUUCCAUUUUAAGCACUGAUGCCUUUUUUAAAUAUACACAUGCAAAACCAAACUGUAUUUCAGCAUAAGAAAUGCUUCAAGUUCAUCUUCUCCUGCCUUGUCAGCAUGCUACUUUUCCUGCAUGUCCUGAUUUCUAUUUAAAGAGUGUAAAUGCUGUCGAAAAAAAAAUAUAUAAAAUACCACGGGUGUAUGAAUCUGUUAUGAUCAUAUAAGAUGUGAGCUGUACAGACAGGACAAAAUGGGACAAAACAGUGUUACUCCUUUUUAAACCACUUCUAGUAUGUAUCCUAUUUGGUGUGUGUAUGCUUAUUUUUAUUAGUAUGCGUGCCGUGUUGUGCAUGUGAUGCUACGCAACAUAAAAUCUGGUGUUUGCAAGCCAACAUAAAACACACUUCUAAGUCACCUGACUGUAUUGAUGGACCUUAUUUCAUUUGGCUGCAGUGAAGUCUACGGCGGGUCUUGUUUACAAACCAAAAGCGUCUGUUUCGGUUGCUGCUGUAAAAAUGUGGAUGAAGUGUGAAUAAAACUGUAAGCUAACUAAAGGGACACUAA